CAUCCUCCCCAAGCCUCGGCAGCUCCAACCAGCUCAUAACCAGCCUCUUGCAGAAGGUGGGAAGGCGGGCACGGCGGAUCCUACCUGCGGCCCUUCUAUGGGGAGAUCCCGGUAUCCUCAGCGGACCCCCUAGAUGAGGCAGGUCGGGGAGGGGGAGCAGGAUACAGAGAUCGGAGGACAGACUUGGACGUUCUCCAGUCAGAAUGUCCGAGACAGCGGCACGGGGUGACACAGACCUGCUGCCCGGGGGCGCUGCAGGAGGUCAGGACCAGGGCAGACCCGAGCCCGCAUCGCCACCGGCUUUGGGGGACAACAUGUUAAUGCGCUUCGGAAACACCCUGACCUGGCAGAGGCCCCUCCUCAGCCUGGUCACCUUCAUCUGCGCCAACUUACUCUUCUGGUUUCUCGCUCUGACUCCUUGGAGAAUGUAUCAUUUAAUAUCCCUCAUUUUACUUGGAGCUGUGAUGGUUCAAAUUAUCAAGCACUUUAUACUGUCUAGACGUAGCGGUGCACAACUGUGGAGAAAGAUCAGCAAUAGGUGGGAGAUUAUGACCGCCUCAGAAUGCAAACCCAAGCUGAGUCAAUGCAUUGCAGAAUCAUGGUCGAGUUACAGCUCAUUUCUGCAGGAACUCUCUCAUUUUAAACAGCAGAACCCUGGCAAGUUCUGCCUUCUGGUCUGCAGUGUGUGCUUUUUCUUCACCAUCUUGGGAAGCUACAUUCCUGGAGUUGUUCUAUCCUAUUUGAUAUUAUUGUGUGCCUUUUUGUGUCCAUUAUUAAAAUGCAAUGAAUUUGGACAGAAAGCAUGUAAUAAAAUAAAGCCAGUUCUGCAGAAGCUGGAUUUUGGAUUGCAAUCCUACGUCAGCCAGUGGAUGAAAGUAAAAUCACAAAAGGGAAUCGACAGAAGCCCAGGAGAUACAAGUGAAUUAGACCUGUCUGCACUAUGUCCACAGAUCAGUCCAGCAGCAGCAAGGGAACUUUCAGUGUCUGACACUGAACCUUCAGAAGUAUCUUGGACAGACAAUGGGACAUUCAACCUAUCUGAAGGCUACACUCCACAGACAGACACAUCAGAUGAUUUUGAUCGGCCAAGUGACCUGGAAGAGGCCUUUUGCAGACACUUGGCAGAAUUCCCUUCACCGGAGAAUGGAUCAGGCUCUAACGAUGACGACUCAAGCAUAGGCCUGCCUUUGAUGACAAAAAGUAAGCGUGGAAAAGUCAACAAACCAAGUUUGGAGACAUAUUCAGAAGCUGCCUUUUCACUUUUACUGGAUAAAGAGCAACCUUUCCACUUAGUUAGUGGAGUGGCCAGAGAAGCCAUAACGGCUGCUGUCUCUGCGGCUAUCACAGACCAGUUACAAUCAGUCCUGAAUCCACAGCCUCCUCCAGAUGUUACCUCCAGUGAUGAUGCUGACGCAGAAGAAGCCGAUGACUUUGAACUUCUGGACCAGUCAGAGCUGGAGGAUAUUGAUGAUGAUCUGGGCCAUGCAUCAACUCAAGACCCAAAAGGCAAGAAGCCAUCAUCAGGAUUUCUAUCCAGCCUUCUCGGCAGGCAUUAACCCAUCCUAAUGAAAGAACAUGAUUAACACAAAGAAACAACAAAUCAAACAGAGAACAAAACAUGCAGAAGAAUAAAGUAGGGGAAUCAUUUAAGCUGUACGCUUUAAGUAUUGCUCAUCAUAGAGAUUGUCGUUGCUGUAGGCCAAUGUGACCUGUAUCUGGAUAUCAGCUGUCCCACUCAUUGUGUUCCCAUUGCAUUUCUGAAAUUGUCGCAUGGAGUUCAAUUACUGUGUAUGUACUCUGACCUUGCAGGUAUGAGCCCUAAAGGCUAUAUGUUCUGAAAAUAUAUAUCUAUUAAGGCCUUUUGUAUUUUUUCACCUGGUAGAUAUAACGUAUGACCUAUAAAAAUGAAAAA